AUGAUAGAUGAGGAAGUUAGGUCGGCUCUUCUAAUGAUGGCUCAAGCCGUAACUACUCAAUCCCAAGCUAUGACGUCCCAAGCCACUAGAGAUGGUGGGACUCAUGUGAACCCUAAUGUGAGCACAAUGGCUUCUAGGUUGAGGGACUUUGUGAGGAUGAACCCUCCGGUGUUUCUUGGUUCCAAGGUGAGAGAGAAUCCCCAAGAAUUUGUGGAUGAGGAUUAUAAGGUAGUUGAUGCUAUGGGGGUGACUUCGGUAGAAAAAGUGGAACUAGCCACUUAUCAAUUGAAGGAUGUUGCUCAAGUUUGGUUUACUCAAUGUAAGAGUAAUAGGACGGUAGGAGCGGGUCCUAUUGAUUGGGAGGUGUUUAAGAAAGCCUUCCUUGAUAGGUUCUUUCCCCAUGAGAAGAGAGAAGUUAAGGUGGAAGAAUUUAUCAACCUUAGGCAAGAUUCUUCAAGCACUCCUAGGGUUAACCAAGAGAAAGGUAGCGGACCUCCAUUUCCUAAACCUAUUUGCACCAAUUGUGGAAAGAAACACUAUGGGAAGUGCCUAGCUGGUACAAAUGGGUGUUAUGGUUGUGGAAAGAGUGAUCAUCAAGUGAAAGAUUUCCCUACUCUUACGGCAAAAGGGAGAGAGGCCAAGCAAGUUUCUCCUAGUGUCCCGGAUCCUUAUGCUCCAAAGCAUGGUCGUUUCUAUGCACUUCGGUCUAGAGAGGACAAAUAA